CGGCCCCGCCGGGGAUUAAUUCCCAGGUUGCUUCCGUGCUCAACCCCACACGCUGCAAGUUGGGCAUGUGGUGGUGCUACCAGCCGACGGCCGCGUUCAUCACUUUGUUAUAAGCUAAGCGUGAGGGUUUGUGCGGGGUAGCAUCUAGUAUCCGUGAGAGUGAGAGAGGAGCGAGGAGGAGAGCUCGGCCGGGCAUGGAGCUCGACGAGGAGACGUUCUUGGACGAGCUCAUGUCGCUGCGGGGGGAGGCGGCGCCGUGGCAGGGCUACCCCGGCGGCGUCAUGAUGAGCGACCUCCUCUUCUACGGCGCCGACGCGAGAAGCGGCGGCGGCAUGGACCUGCCGCCGUUCCAGGAGCUGGUGCCCAUGCCGCCCGCGGCGCCCCCGCACGAGGAGUUCAACUUCGACUGCCUGAGCGAGGUGUGCAACCCUUACAGGAGCUCCGGCGUCGCCGCCCCGGGGGAGGCAGCGCCCGGCCAGACGCUCGACGCUCCCCUUCACGACGCCAUGGUGGACGAGGAGCCGAGCGGUGAUAAGGGGCAGUGCUACGGAGGCGGGGGCAGCUCCCCGACGUUCGUGUUCGGAGGAGGCGCCGGCGAGAGCUCGGAGAUGGCGCCCAUCAGGGGUGUCGGCGGCCCCCACCACAAGACCAAGCUCCACGGCGCGCCGUCAAAGAAUCUCAUGGCUGAGAGGCGCCGGAGGAAGCGGCUCAACGACCGACUCUCCAUGCUCCGCUCCAUUGUUCCAAAGAUCAGCAAGAUGGACAGGACAUCCAUUCUUGGGGACACCAUUGACUAUGUGAAGGAGCUGACAGAGCGGAUCAAAGCCCUUGAGGAGGAGAUCGGCGCCUCGCCGGAGGACCUGAACCUUCUGAAUACCUUGAAAGAUUAUUCGUCCAACAGUAACAAUGAGAUGAUGGUGAGGAACUCCACCAAGUUCGACGUCGAGAAGCGGGACAACGGGAGCACGAAGAUCGAGAUCUGCUGCCCCACAAACCCCGGGGUGCUGCUGUCCACGGUGAACGCGCUGGAGGUGCUGGGGCUGGAGAUCGAGCAGUGCGUGGUGAGCUGCUUCAGCGACUUUGGCAUGCAGGCCUCUUGCUUACAAGAGGACGGGAAGCGGCAAGUGAUAAGCACCGACGAGAUAAAGCAGGCAUUGUUUAGGAGUGCCGGGUAUGGAGGGAGAUGUCUCUAGCAGGUCGAAGUUUCAUCCAACGCAUGGAAUUGAAUAUAAAUCCGGUCGAUUAUUGGUCGUUCUUGUUCUUGAUGCCUUCCGUCCCGUGGCUUUGCUCCAUGAAUUAAUAUAGAGCUAUAUAUAUAGUAGUGUUCAUCUAUGAGUGUAGCUAGUAUGAGCCAUCUGAAUCCCAGCAAAUUAAAGAUUUGCUCAGGUAUUGUAAGUUGAUCAUUUCUUGUGGUUUGUAUAAUUUUGGAUCAUGGCUUGUAUGCAGUACUCCUGCUUGUAUGUGGGAUUAUUGAUACCAUGUAUCACGCGACAUGGUUUGGGUUAAAUGCCAAGAACCUGGAUUGUUUCUUAUGUAAGU